AUGGAUAAACUCAAGUACAGCCGCUGUCCGCUCAAAAAGCGUCCGAUAAUGGUGGAGGAGUCCUAUCAAGAGGAUCACUUAAGUCACGACGAAGGACCCGUGGACUUGAGUGUAGCCUCGGCAGCUGUUCCCCUUGAACCUCAUUGGUCCUCGAAAGAGGAACCGGAACCACAGGCUGUGCCCACGGAACUAAGGCGUCGCUUUGAUGCAGCCAUGAAUCAGACCAAGGAGCAGCUGGCACGCCGCAUCUGGGAGGAGACCCGGGAGAUAGCACGUGCCUUCCCCGAUGUCUUUACCCGCGAAGAAAUAGCCAAGAGUUUGGCACGCUUGGGUUAUGGGGAAUUUGAGCUGCCCCCGGAGGAGGAGGUCAUGGAACCCGAAACAGAGACAGAACCCCAAACCGAAACAGAGCAGCAAAUUCCCCUAAGCUAUGCCAGAGAGUCACCUUCAACCAUAAUCAAAGUGGAACCCACCGAGCAGGACUUUCCCCUCCGGAACUACAAUAAUAAUUUGCUGAAAAGCAUAGCAGAGUAUGAGGAUUGCAUGAAGAUGCAACCAAUUAAGGAGGAAAUGGUUCCUGUACCCCAACCACCAAUGUACUAUCCCCCACCCACACCUCUCACCGAACCCGAGGAUCUUUCGGUGACCCAAAGGCGAGUGCUCAGCGAGAAUAUGAAUCUGCAGAAUGUGGCAAGAGCUCUGCUUAGCAUGCAGCACAUGGCACCGCAGCAACAGCAGCAACAUCCUGUGCAUCCUCUGCCGCCACAGGACAUGGAAGAGGAUCAGGAGAACCAAGAACACAAUCCCCUAAAGAUCAAGAGCAGCAACGAUCUGUACUAUCAGUGUCAGCAGUGCAACAAGUGUUACUCCACCUAUGCCGGUCUAGUGAAGCAUCAACAGACCCAUGCCUACGAAAGCACCGAGUACAAGAUCAUCCGAAGUCAACCAGGUGGCUCUGGACCCAUUGUGGAUCAAACAGAAUUCUGCACGGAUCAGGCUUCGGCUUUAAUUCAGGCAGCAAAUGCUGCCUCAGCUCAAAGUAUGCAAAAGCCGGUGGGUGUACCGAGAUACCAUUGCCAGGAUUGUGGCAAGAGUUACUCCACCUACUCUGGCCUGUCCAAGCAUCAGCAGUUCCACUGCCCCUCGGCGGAGGGUAACCAGGUGAAGAAGGUUUUCAGUUGCAAGAAUUGCGACAAGACCUAUGUCUCUUUGGGUGCCUUGAAGAUGCACAUUCGCACCCACACGUUGCCCUGCAAGUGCCCCAUUUGUGGCAAGGCCUUCUCGCGACCCUGGCUGCUGCAGGGACACAUUCGAACCCACACGGGUGAGAAGCCCUUCAGUUGCCAGCACUGCAAUAGGGCCUUUGCAGAUCGUUCUAAUCUCCGGGCUCAUAUGCAAACCCACUCGGAUGUGAAGAAGUAUUCCUGCCCCACCUGCACCAAGUCCUUCUCUCGAAUGUCCCUGCUGGCCAAGCAUUUGCAGAGUGGCUGCCACAGUGAACAGGGUCCAUCGGGUGGCACCUCUGGAGGUGGCUUCGAUCAGCAGCAGCUACAGCAGCAUCUUCAGGGUUACGAGGAGGGUCAUAAUCCUCAUCAGGUUUACUAUGCCGGCAGCGUGGGUAGCAGCAAUGGUGAGGAGGAGGAGACCGGUGAUUACCCCAUGCCACCACCACAAGCUAUAUAUUAA